UAUACACUGGCCCACUUAUUUUCCGCAACAUAAUGCAUGACCAAAUGUAUCAACAUUUCCUAGCUCUAACGGUUGCCAUGUCAAUAUUACUUGACUCCAGAGAUGCUUCUAGGAAUCACUACCUGAAUUAUGCAAAAGAAUUGCUUGAAUACUUUGUCAAGAAAGCACCCCAGAUAUACGGAGAGACAUUUACUACCUACAACAUUCACUCUCUUGUACACAUAAGUGAUGAUGUUAAAAAUUAUGGUGUUUCACUAAAUGAACUAAGUGCCUUUAGAUUUGAAAACUAUCUUCAAAAGUUAAAGAAAUUUGUGAAGAAAGCACAAAAUCCUAUUGCUCAAGUUGCUAAACGGUUGUUUGAACUGGAAAGAACUACUGUCAAACCAUGGAUGAAUGUUUCAACAACCUAUCUUUCCACAAAAAGAAAAGACAGUUGUUUACUUUUAAAAGAUCAGUCGUUUGCAUUUUUGCAAGGAAAAAGAGAAAAUGGAGAAUUGAUAUGCAAAGUUGUUUCACAACAGAGACUGGAAAAUUUAUUUAUUAAUCCAUGUGAAUCGAAAUUAAUAAAUGUUGCCGUUGUGAAAAACACAACAUUGCAGAGGCAUGGACGGGAAAAAAUAAUCAGAAAGCAUGUCAUAGAUAGAAAAGUUGCAUGUUUGCCUUGUGAUGGGAAAUAUGUGCUGUUUCCUUUGCUGCAUGGAAUUGAAAGGCAAUAUUAGGAUAAGGUUGGUUUUUAGCACUAUCAAGUAUUGUAAAGAGAGAUAUAUAUUGCUAAAUUAGUUCUACCGGUAAUUGUAAUUUCUUUAAUACUGAAUUGGUGACUUUAUAAUAAAAUAUAUGUCAGAUAAUAAUUUUUUUUAAACAUUACAACUCAAAGAACUCUUUUCUUGUGACAUUGAUGACAAAAAACAAACUAUGUUAUUUAUUGAAAAACAUAAUAUGUUUAAGCAUUUUGCUUAAUUUUGAUUUUUUAAAUUAAGAUGGACAAGAAGUGGGUAAGAGCUGUGUGGAGAGAGGAUGAAAAAGAGAUGGAGCUUGCCAUACCCAGUGUAUGGGUUGAAGGAAAUCGCAUAAGAUGGCCAAAUACAUCAAAUGCAAAAUCUGCACUCAAAGAAUGCAAGAAACCUGCUGACAAAUGGCUUUCAUUUGAUCUGAUAAAGAUCAAGUUUUCAUCAGACGACUAUCGGGAAUGUGAGGACUAUGAUGAGACGACAGCGGUGGAAUCUGAGUGUGACUCAGAACCAGUAAUGAAAAGGAAACCAAAAAAGAAGGUCAUGAGUGACUUUAUUAUGGGUGAGCUUGCAAUUUAUCUACAAACUUGAAGAUUCUUUUAUUUGUUAUUUACUUUGAUAUUUUGAU